AUGAAGCUUCUCAUCUAUUUGUUUGCACUUCUCACCGCUGUCAUCGCAUCACCAGCUAAGCCAGAGGAUCGAGCGCCUCGGGUCUACCAGCUCGUCGUUCACGCUCCGGGCUGUCUUGUGCACGGCAAAUCCAUCCAGCGCAUGGUGCAGCCCUCCGGAGUUCAUACUACAUUUGUGCUGGGUUACUUUCCCGAUCAAGGCUCAUUCGUUGAUACCUACAACUUCACUGCCCCGCCCAGCCCCGUCAGGGCAGCCCCAGGGCAUGCGCGGAAUCGCCUCCUCAAAUUCUACCCAAACACCGGAUGUGACUUCUAUGCAAAUUUAAUCGGCAAUGGGACCCACUUUAUGGUGUACGAUACAUGUGACCCUCCGGACAGUUUCCUCACGACAUCAACACAGAAGUGGGAAGAGUGGAAACUACUACGAAAGAGACGUAUCACCAAAGUGGUCUUCGGGACCCUCGACGACAUGGGCGGAUGGCACUUGUGCCGCAUAGGCAGCUGGUGGCCGGAGGAUCAUGCGAAUCUAGUGUGGAUCAAAGAUCCCAAGCGGGACAACAAGCCAACUGGCUGGGAUCGUUGCCGCGCAGUCGAUUUGCUCGCCGUCGAGACCAAUGUCUGA